AUGUGUCUCUACUGGAAGAAGAUGCAUACGUGCGGUCACCUUUCCGAUCGUCCUUAUAUCGAGAUGUGUCGUCCAGGACUCCUCUCCGACAAUGUCUGUCUUGACAUCAAGGACGACGAGCAGUACCGUCCGUCGCACUUCCCAUGCUACCUCUGCAUCAGAGCCGAAGCACGUGCCGAAAUCGAGGCUCAAGUCCGUUCUGACCAAGAAGCCAUUGCCAAGGCCCGCCAGGCUCGUGAGAAUGCGGUCAAGGAGAAGGUAGCUGCCGAAAUGAGGGCAAAAGAGGAGCGUGUUCGACGCGAGGCUCGCGAGAAGGCUGCUAGAGAACGAGAAGCAGAGCAGCGGGCGAAGCAAGAGAAAGAAGAAGACGAAAUCAGAGCUAAGAGAGAGGGCGGUCCGUGGAUCGAGACUUCGGGAGGCAAAAAGUUCAAGGGGAAAAGGAAUGCUGGUAGCAGUGGUACCACGGGCAGUCCUACAAGACUCUUGACCUCGUUGUCAGUCGCAAAGAUGGCCACUGGGCCCAAGAACACAAAGGACAAUGGCACUGGCAACGGCGACGGUGGGGAGUCGAUGGGUCCCAAGACAGUCAGUGUGGACAUGGGCGGCAGGGCGGGGGUUUGGGGCCCUAAGAAGAUCUUGACGAGGCAGGAGAAUGAUGUCGGCACCGGCUCCGAGGUGAAGAGGUGA